AUGACCGAACCUGAUCUGGAAUCAAAGAUGGCUGAACUUGAGUUGUUUAGCGCAUCUUCUGCUCCACCCAAACGAGCAGCAGAGCCGAACCAGGUCGUCGCAAAGCGUCAACGUGUGGAAGGUACCCGCUACAACUUCAGUCACUUGAAGAGGCCAGAGCCAGAGGAUUUUCAAGGACCUCUGCAGUUCAUGCAGGUGGACAUUGACUACUAUACAAAGGCACCUGACAUGCGCUUUCCGAACUUGGAAAAUCCCUAUUCUCCAGAAACUGUGGUGCCGGUGUUGCGGAUGUAUGGUGUGACUGAGGAAGGGCACAGCUUGAUGGCCCACAUCCAUGGGUUUGAGCCAUAUUUCUAUGUGGAGUGCCCUGAGGAGCUCCAGAAACCUGAUGGCUUGGAAGCAUUUCGUCAGUCCUUGGAGAGCCUGUUGGCAACUUCUGGAUGCCGUGACAAGGCAAGUCCUUUUGUGAGGAAAGUGGAACUGGUUCAGCGUUCCACUCUGAUGAGAUGGCAAGGAUCCAACGAACACUCAUGCUUUUUGCGAGUGGUUGUUGCCGUGCCCAGCCUUGUGGCCACAUGCAGGCGCAUGCUGGAGGCUGGAUUCUCACUCGGUGGCAAGGGGCACUUCCCUCCCAGCACGUCAUAUGAGACCAACAUCCCCUUCGCUCUUCGAUUCAUGGUCGAUCGUGAACUUGCUGGUGGCGGCUGGGUACUGGCUGAGAACGCGAUCCGACGAGCAGGCGCUGACCACCUCAGUUGGUGCCAGCUUGAAGUGGACAUGUACUAUUCGGAUUUGAAACCACAGGAAAAACUUCACAUUGCUCCUUUACGUAUUCUCUCAUUUGAUAUCGAGUGCUACAAUCCUGAAGGGAAGGGCUUUCCAAAAGCAGAAAGCAGCCCAGUGAUCCAGAUAGCUGUUUACUUGAAGGUCCAUGGUUGUGAGCGCGCGCUUUCUCAUGCUGUGUGGACGUUGAAUUCGUGCAAUGAGAUUGCAGGAGCGACCGUGUAUGCUUUCGAGACCGAGGAGGAGAUGCUGAUGAGCUUCCGACACUUUGUCCAGGAGACUGACCCAGAUGUGAUCACUGGAUACAACAUUGUCAACUUUGAUUUGCCGUACCUCGUGGACCGCUCGGAAGUAAAGAACAUCAAUACAGACUUUUGCAAAUUAGGACGGCUCAGAAAUGACAGAUGCCGCAAACGAGUCAACAACUUCAGCGGCCGAGAAUCAAUUGAGAUCAACAUUGAUGGACGAAUCAACUUUGAUAUGCUUGCGGUGAUCCAGAAGGAGCAAAAGUUGAGCUCAUAUUCUUUGAACGCAGUUUCGGCGGAGUUUUUGGGCGAACAAAAAGAGGAUGUGCACCAUAGCAUGAUUGGCGACCUCUUCCUCGGAAGUGCUGAGAGUCGACGACGUUUGGCCAUUUACUGCUUGAAGGAUGCCUACCUUCCAAUGCGUUUGAUGGAGAAGCUGUUGUGCAUGUACAACUAUGUGGAGAUGGCCCGUGUGACUGGCACUCCGAUCAACUUUUUGCUCAAUCGGGGGCAGAUGAUCAAAGUCCAGUCUCAGCUUCUUCGGAAGGCACAACAGUGUGGCUUUGUGAUGCCUACUCUGCCGAAGACAGAAGCUUCCAACGACAAGUUUGAGGGUGCAACGGUCUUGGACCCAUUGACAGGAUACUACCCACAGCCAAUCGCAACUUUGGACUUCGCAUCUCUGUAUCCUUCCAUCAUGAUGGCGCACAAUCUUUGCUACUGCACCCUUCUCAAACCAGAGCAGGUCAGAGAUCUUCAGCCAGAUGAGUACACAAAGACACCUAGCGGCUGUUUCUUCCUGAAAAGCUCAAAGCGACGCGGGCUGCUUCCCAUGAUUCUGGAAGAGCUGCUGGCUGCCAGAAAGAGAGCUAAAAAGGCCAUGGCAGAGGCGACGGAUCCGCUCACGAAGUCUGUUCUGAAUGGCAGACAGCUUGCUCUGAAAGUAUCUGCAAACUCGGUGUAUGGCUUCACAGGUGCCACGGUUGGCGUACUGCCCUGCCUAGAUAUCUCCUCCAGCGUGACGGCUUUCGGGCGAACGAUGAUAGACCACACAAAGCAGAUGGUGGAGGCCAACUACUGCAUUGAAAAGGGCUAUCCUCACGAUGCUCAGGUCAUUUAUGGUGAUACCGACUCCGUGAUGGUGAAAUUCGGAGUUGACGAUGUUGCGGAGGCGAUGCGCUUGGGCCAGGAAGCUGCUGAAAUGGUCAGUGCCACCUUCACAAAACCCAUCAAGUUAGAGUUUGAGAAGGUUUACUGUCCAUAUUUGCUGAUGAACAAAAAGCGCUACGCUGGUUUGUACUGGACCAAUCCUCACAAUUACGACAAGUUGGAUGCAAAGGGCAUUGAGACAGUGCGACGGGACAACUGUGGCCUUGUGCGUCAACUGGUGGACAUUUCGCUGAGAACGAUCCUGAUUGAUAAAUCAGUCCCCAAAGCUGUGGAGUUUGUGCAGAAAGCGGUGUCGGACCUGCUGCAGAACAAGAUCGAUCUUUCCUUGCUUGUCAUCACAAAGUCAUUAGGAAGAGGUGCCCAUGCAGAGGACUAUGCUGCCAAACAAGCUCAUGUGGAGCUGGCAGAGCGCAUGAGGAAGCGGGAUCCAUCAACUGCACCAGGAAGCGGAGAUCGAGUGCCCUACGUCAUUGUUACCGGCUCCAAAGGUGCCAAGGCUUAUGAGAGGAGCGAGGAUCCGCUGUAUGCACUGGAGAACAACAAAUCAGUGGAUGCCCAAUAUUACAUCGAGCAUCAGCUUCAGCUUCCUCUCCUUCGAAUAUUUGGUCCAAUCAUGGGCGAUGAUAAGAAAGCCCAGUCCCUCCUGUUCUGCGGCCAACACACGAGAAAGCUGCACACACCAACCCCACAAGGCGGCGCAUUGGCCAAGUUUGUGACGAAGAGCCUGCGGUGUAUGGGUUGCAAGGCUGUCAUCAAAGCUGGCUUGCUAUGCGAGCACUGCGAAAAGGAAAAGGCGGCUGAUGUAGUGAUUGAGCAGAUGGAGAACUUCCGGCAGAAAGAGGAAGAAUUCAGCCGCCUGUGGACCCAAUGCCAACGCUGCCAAGGAAGCUUGCUGGAGCCGGUGAUUUGCUCGAACCGGGAUUGUGAGAUUUUCUAUCGCCGUGCCAAGGCUCGAAAGGACGUGCAGCUGGCACAGGAGCAGCUUGCUCGACUCAAGCUGGAUUGGUCAGAGAUGCUUUGCGCCCAGCUUCAUUCGCGCGAUGAGCCAGAUUAUCCAAGCAUUGCUGUGGCAAACAAAGUGUGCUUCCCUACGGAUUCAUCCAGGCUUGCAAACUUGAACCGCUUGGCUUUCAGAUUUGGAUUGGAUAGCUUCCUUGCCUCAAUGGUAGAAAUUCAAAAAGCGUGGCCUUUGUUUGUUUUAUCGGGCAUGCUGACGAUCAUUUUUUGCUUUGGGCACUUGAAGGUCUUUAGUCAAGACCCCUCGCUUGUGUUUUGGGCAAACACCGGCUUCUUCACUGUUGUGUUGGGCUUCAUUGGGGCAGUCUCGGUGAUUGAUGCAGUGGAUUUGGAGUUGAGCCUGGGAGGUCCAUGGAGCCUUUUGUCCAAUGUUGAGUUCCUUCUUGGUGUUGCAUCACUUGCAUGCGUUUCCAUCUUCCACAUCGCAGUUUUUUUUGACCGGCCAAAUUUGGAGAAUGCCUUCCAAGCGGUGAAGGCAUGCGGGGAAUGCACAAGGGAUGUGCCGGCCAUUCUGACAGAGCCAGUGCUGGCAGCAGCAAGGAAGGUUAUCUUGUUGGUCAACUUCGCUGUUGGCUUGAUGUUCUUUGCUUCUGCCUUCGAUCGGGUUCCGGAUGGGGCCACAUACCAGAUCCACUACCAGGCGAAGGACUUGUGGCUUGCCGCUGGCUUCAUUCUUGCCUUUCUCUGGGUGUACGACUUCAGUAAUGCAGUGUCAUGCUUUGUAUAUGCAUACAUGUCCGCAAGCUGGUUCUAUUCACCCAUGGAGGAGAAGCAGUUUGAAGGGAACAGCUUGCUCCUCGAUGCGUACUGUGCCAUAGUUCAGAACCAUCUUGGAUCCCUUGCGUUUGGAUCUUUGGUCAUUCUGAUCAUGCGCCCUGUGAGACUGGUCCUCGACUACACCACUCGACCUAUUCGCAAAGCAGAGGAUGAGGAUGCAAAUUUGUGCACCAAGUGUGCUGCCGCUCUCGGUUGCUGGAACAAGGUGUGCGAAGCAGCCAUCCAAGCCUACGAGAAGAACAUCCGCAAGUUGCGACGCAGUGCAUACAUGGACAUAGCGCUGGCCGGGCAUGGAUUCAUUGAAGCGGCCCAUGAUGCUGAUCAAUAUUUGGCGGGCAAGCAAGUCAAUGUCUCUGAAUUUGAUGGUGCUGCCCUUCUAGUUGCUACAUCAAGCAGCUUCUCCAUUUCUGCGGUGGGAGCAGCACUGACACGACUUCUUUGCGCAGUUUGGCCAGACUACAGCUCUACAAGCAGCCCAAACCUGAUCAUGUUGCCUACCUUCGUGAGCUUCAUCUCCUUUGUGAUUUGCAUGCUGAUCUCCUGGCCUUUCUGUUUGCUGAGCGAUCAUGUUGCGGACUCUAUUUUCUUCUGCUUCUGCCGUGAUGCUUGGCAAUAUGGUUUCGGCACUUCAGAUGAGCGUGGUGCCUUGAAUCGCGGGUGCAACUUACAAACACUUUUUGGAGGUGUUGGAAGCUCCAUGGCGGUGCUGACGUCGAGCCACCCCGAACAUACUCAGGCAUUGAAGCAGGCUUUCGACUCAAUGACAUGA